GUGCACGAAAUCAAGAAUCAAGCAAUAGGUGGACAAGGCGGUACAGUAAAGAAGGACGCAAAGAUCAAUGAAGCGCGUCAUGAAAGCCUCAAAGUUAGAGAUCAAACUGGACAGUACGCGUUGAAAGUUGAAGGAGUUGAUGAAAAAGUGCAGGUGUUAAAAAUGGAAGUUUUUGUCUUAUCCGAGUUAAUGGCAAGAGGAGGUCGACACUUCUGUCGUAUUGAGGAUAAAGGAAGAUUCGGAAACUUUAACUAUGUUGUUAUGACCCUGGUUGGCAAAUCGCUAUUGGAUUUACGGAAAUCAAGUCCCACACAACGUUUGACCUUAGCAUGCGCUUUGUCGGUCGGCAUUCAAUGUCUGGAAGCGCUCGAAGAUCUUCAUGGAAUUGGAUACUUGCAUCGUGAUGUGAAGCCCGGCAACUACACAAUUGGCAGACCGGAACUGAAUGAGCUUCGAAAAAUUUAUAUACUAGAUUUUGGCAUGUGCAGAAAGUUUACAAACGAUCAGGUUAAUACUACAUUGAAACAAGCUGAAAUUAUGGAGACGCAGUGAGA